AUGCCCCACGCUGUGUCGAUGCCCUCACCAGGGCUCCAGGCUUUGGUCCUUUGCGGUCCGGGAUCUUCCUUUCCGACCUUCACCUCCAACCCUGAUGAGAACCCAAAGGCCCUUUUGCCGAUUGCCAACCGACCUAUGGUCUGGUACCCUGUCGACUUCUGCUACCGUAUGGGCAUUACAAACAUCACUCUCAUCUGCCCCGCCUCUGCAGAGGAAGCUAUCACUACUGCCCUGAACACCAAUCCGUACUUGACAGCACUUCCUCUUCCCAGACCAGACAUUCUCGCUCCCAAAGACCUGGACCAGACCACAGGCACGGCUGAGAUCCUUCGUCUUCCCGAGGUCAGGGAACUCAUCACUUCCGACUUUGUCGUCCUUCCCUGCGAUCUCAUCUGCGAAAUUGCCGGCGAGAAGCUGCUGCAAGCAUGGAUGGUCAAGGGUGCUAGCAUGUCGGAUCUUCUCGACGCACCAAAAUUCUCAGCAAGCAACUCAAACUCGUUCAGCGGUGGGCUGGGUGUAUGGAGAGGAGACGGACUUCAUUGCUGUUACCCCCUCGGCCCCAUCCCCGUCUCGCCUCCCAAGGGGUCAUUGCUGCCGCAUCUGUCCAAUCUCGUCUACUCAAUGCCCACGGACUCCCUCAAGGACCUUACUGAAGAGAGAAAAGGCCUUCCCAUCCGUCACGGUCUCAUGAGACGCCACCCCCGGUUGAGGAUGCUCACAACACACCGAGACGCUCAUCUGUACAUCUUGCCAAGAUGGAUCAUGGACUUUGUUGAGAAGAACGAUCGAUUGGAGAACAUCGGCGAGGACGUUAUUGGUUGGUGGGCCAAGGCUGGCUGGCAAACUGGUCUCGCGGAGAAGCUCCAUCUGGACGAGGUCCUGCGCAAGGAUGACGAGAACGACGACGACGAUUCCCUGCAGGAGAGCACAACAUCACCUCAGGAUGAAGACCCCGAAGAACUUCGGCCCCACAGAGGCACCGAAGACAGCAGACAUGCUGACUCCCGGGACUCUGACGACGCGAAGACUUACGGAACGGAGAUGAAGGUGCCUCCGAUGCUGGCCUAUGUGCAUCCGUCGCAGCCCGACGCGCCAAUGGUCAGGCGUGUGGACACUGCUCAGCUUCUUUUGAACGUGUCAUUACAGCUUGCCAAGAUACCGUCAGUGGAGGAAACCGGCAGCGAUGCGGCGUCCCCUUUUGCACAUGCCAAAAAGGUGGCAUACCCGGAAGGCGUCAAGGGCCGUACAACCAUCUCAAAGGCCGACAGUCUUGUUGGUGAGAACGUCACGGUGGAAGAAAAGGUAGCUAUCAAGGAGUCUGUCGUUGGUGCCGGCUGUCAGCUCAAUGAGGGAGCCAAGCUGUCCCAGUGCUUGCUGAUGGAGGGAGCCGUGGUCGGCAAGAACUGCAAGCUCACAAGAUGCAUCCUCGGCAAGAGGUGUGUCAUCGGAGAUAACUCGAUCCUGACAAACGUCGAGGUGCAAGAGAACUUGCUUGUUGAAGCCAAGACUGAGGAGAAGGACACAAAGCUGAUGAGCUCCGAUGGUUUGGAGGCUACCGAAGAGGAGAUGCAGGGAGUACUGGAAGACAUGGAUAACGAGAUCAUGGCCCAGAACGAGGAGGCGGUAGAAUAA